CUGCUCAUUGUUGUCUGCAGUCUGCAUCAUCACCUCUGCGAGCACUGGCUGAGACAGAGAGAGACGGAGAGGGAGAGAGAGAGUGAGCGAGAGGGAGGGAGAGAUGAAGCUCAAAGUGUUUGCGGAUCGAAUGUCACAGCCCUCUCGGGCUGUCAUCAUCUUCUGCAAGGUCAACGGAAUCGACUUCGAGGAGGUUAAAGUCGACCUGUCGAAGCGCCAGCACUUAUCUUCGGAAUUCAAAGAGAUUAAUCCGAUGGGGAAAGUUCCUGCAAUCGUAGACGGAAGGUUUAAGCUGUUUGAGAGCCACGCGAUCCUCAUCUAUCUCUCCUGUGCAUUCCCUGGAGUUCCCGAUCAUUGGUACCCGGCAGAUCUUUUCAGGAGAGCUAAGAUUCAGUCAGUAUUGGACUGGCAUCACUCCAAUCUGCGGCAAGGAGCAGUUGGUUAUGUUCUGAAUUCCACACUGGCUCCGGCCCUUGGUCGUCCUCUGAAUCCAGAGGCCGCAGCUGAAGCUGAGAAACUUCUCUUCUCAUCCUUGACAAAAAUUGAGUCGGUGUGGCUCAAAGGGAAGGGCCGCUUCUUGUUGGGUGGCUUUCAACCUUCAAUAGGAGAUCUUAGCUUAGUGUGUGAAAUCAUGCAAUUGGAGGUCCUGGAUGAGGAGGACCGUGAUCGUAUUCUUGGUCCGCACAAGAAAGUACAGCAGUGGAUCGAAAGUACGAGAAAUGCGACUCAACCUCACUUUGAUGAGGUGCACAAGGUCCUCAUCAAAGUCAGGACAUUGCUCCAAGCUCAGCGAUCUGCAAGCGGUAAAACGCCACUGGCUUCGAAAAUGUGACAAACUAUGGAAGACACGAAGAGUUUGAAUAUCUUUCUGAGGGAAAUCUCGAACUUGUAGUGCAGGUGACAAGGUAAAAUAAAUUUCCACUGUAUAUACCGCUUGUAAUCGAAUUGCUGGAAACUGUAAACUGUUCCUUUGCUGUGAUAUCUUGUCUUGUUUAAUCUUCAUACCGAACCCAAGGGUCGUUGUAACUGCCAAUAAUAACUGAUGGUUAUGAGAAAGAUUGAGCUGUAAUUUCUGUUAUCCGCCAUAUUAUAGUUGGAAGAAGCUUUGAAGUUUGAAUGA